AUGCAACUUUUCAACUCUCUCAGUGUAACCAACAGAAUGUAGCUGCACUUAGCUUGUCUGGAUCAUAGGAUUUAAAAUUAGUUUUGAAAAAUCUGACCCCAUUGGAGCUCUUUUUCUUGAUGCUUUGGUAAUUUGAAAGAAAGUUGGUAAAAGGCUGCCUUGUUGGAACAUCAGGGAUGAAAGAAACUAUGAAGUUGGAAACAUCUCUUGAAUAAAGGCUGUCUCUAGUCAUUUGCUUUCCAAAUAUGGUAUGAAUUAUCCAGGAGCUGUAUAACCAAACCUGAUGAUAAAGGCAGCAGUGAUGUAUGGUGAACCUAUAAACAUGAUUUUAUACCUGCUAAUUUUCAGCAAUUAGUAACAAAUGGGUUUCUGACUUGAUAAGAGCAAAAUGCCUGGAUGUUGUCAUCUGAAACUGCUAUGCAAGAGAAUUACUGUAUUUUUUGCACCAUAACACUCACUUUUUUCCUCCUAAAAAGUAAGGGGAAAUGUCUGUGCAUGUUAUGGAGGGAAUGCCUAUGGGUGGCAUGCCUACGGAUUUUCCUCCUCUAAAAACUACGUGUGUGUUAUGGUCGGGUGCGUGUUAUAGAGCGAAAAAUACGGUAUAUUGUGUCUGUUAUUUCCUGCAGUUAGGAACAUCACAUGUAAAACAGCUUCCAAAGUACCGUUAGUCUGUACCUUCCUAUUUCUAUGUUUUAUUUAACUGAAUUUUAUCUUUAUUGUUUGCUUAGCAAGUAUAUGAUAGCUUGCAGAGCAAAGGAAGGCUGGCGUACAGUUAUAACAUCAAUCAUAAAAUACCAUAAAAGCAAAAGAGAAACCAUCACAAAACCAAAACAUAAGCCAUCAUAAAACAAGGAUCAAAAUACAAUAGCUAAAAACAAAAUGUAGCCCCUUUAAAAUGACUUGGCAAACAAGAAAGACUUGACCAGCUUUCAAAAAUAUUGUAAUGUCAAUGCCAGUCAAGUCUAUCUAAGGAGGGUUUUCCAAAAUUAGAGUGCCACCAGGAAAUGGCUGUCUCCUUCCUGCAAGUAUAACGCAAUACACAAAGAGACAGCACUUGGAGAAGGGCCUUAGUUGAAGAUCUUAAAUGCAUGAGCAGGACAGGACAGUACAGUGGUACCUCGGGUUAAGUACUUAAUUGAUUCCGGAGGUCCGUUCUUAACCUGAAGCACCACUUUAGCUAAUGGGGCUUCCCACUGCUGCUGCGCCUCUGGAGCACGAUUUCUGUUCUUAUCCUGAAGCACUAUUUCUGGGUUAGCGGAGUCUGUAACCUGAAACGUAUGUAACCUGAAGCAUAUGUAACCUGAGGUACCACUGUAUAGGAAGAAGCACUCCUUCAGGAUAUUAACGGUAAGGACAAAAAAAGCUCCUUGAUUAAUAAGCCCAAACCCAAGAAGGGCACCCUAUUAUUGUAAUGUUGACUUGAUAAGAUCACAGUCCUUAUGUGUAUGUGACUUGCAGCUUUUUCUUCAUUGAGGUAAUCAGUAUAACCUAUUAAAUGCCUUUUUCAUCCUCCCUAAUUUUCCUGCAGAGGUGAACAAACUGAAGGUGUAUUAAAGUAUCAUACUAGGGUUGAAUGUAUUUACAGUAGGGCCUUGAAGUAGCCUGCCAACACCCAGACAUCUUCCUCAUCAUUUAAAGUCUCCUUGCAUAUAUUCCUACAUUUCGGGUGGUGCUGGUCAUUCCAGAAUGACAUGUGACUCCUUUAUAAAACAUCACCAGAAUAGAACUUAUUUGCAUAUUUAUCCAUAUAAAACUGUAUAAGAAGUUUUCUUUCAUAAGGAAAUGUGAUGGCAGCAUCUUACUUUAUUUUCCUCAGAAGCCUAUUAAAAUUCAAUGAAUGGCACAAGAAUUACAGUAGGAAGUGCCCACCUGAGAGGAGCCGGAACUGAGUUUCUGUGAUGAAGAAACUCCCUGCCUGUGGUGAUGUUUUUCUGGGUGCUGUCUCCCUCCAUGCCCCCUACUUCCAUUUUGUUUCCAUCAGCCCAAAGGAAAGGCUGCAGUCUGCCUUUCCCCACAACCAACUGCUGAAGGCACAUUUAUGGUAUUUCUAUUUUUACAAUUAAAACGGCUCUUUUGCACAGAAAUGCAUUCGCACAAAAGAGCAGUGUUAAAAAUCAAGUUUCCCUUGCAGGUGGUAGCAAGUCCAUUGUACAGUGUCAGAACAUCUGCUUGGGAUGUCUAAGACUCAGAUUCAGUCCCUAGCAUCUCCAGGUAGGGCUGGGAAAGCUUCCUGUCUAAAACUCUACACUGUCAAUCAGUUUAGUACAAAGCUGAGCUGGAUGGCCCAAUGCUUUGACACAGAUAAAGUAGCUUCCUCUGCUCCUGUGACUGAUCUGCUUUCUCCAAGAGCUAUUGCUGGAAGAAUCCACUGUGGUCUGCCUGGUAACCCAUUCCUAUGCUGGCCAUUGAAGUUUGUCUACUUUGUACCAACCGCUUACAAAGGCAAAGUCCAGACUGGUUGUAGAUACUGUCAAGAGCUUUGCCUGUUUGCACCCCAUUAAGACUGUUUAACAAUCUUGACUGUGCCAAAUUACAGAAACUGCUGCACUAAGUGUGUCUGUUUCAUAUUGAUGAUGAGGAUGGACAGACUCAGUAGGUUUUCAGAAUUCAUAUAAGCUUGUAAAACUCCUUUGGACCAAAGAUUUAAUUAUGAACAAACAGUCUGAGCUUGUAUCAGAUACAGCAAUAGUAAUCAGUGGUUAAAGGGCUAGACUAGCGCCUUGGGAGACCUGGGUUCAAAUCCCCACCCCGUCAUGGAAUGCACUGGGUGGCCUUGGGCAAGUUACUGCCUCUCAACCUAACCUACUUACCUCACUGGGUUCUUGCGAGGAAAAAAAUUGAGGAAGGAAUUUGUUUCAUUAGUAUUAUCUGACAAGAUUUACAAACCAACCUCAACUGAUGAAAACCUCUAAGCAGUUUCCAACACCUUCGAGGAAAUAAACAAUGAAAACUUAGAAAAGUGGGAUGGGAGGGCAAACAGAAUGGAGUAUCCUGGGAAAGGUCGUGGCUGGCUGGCACGUCGGAGCAGAGCGCUCGACACACUACACCGUUUCGUCGCCAGCCUGGCCCCGCUUGCAAAGCAGAAGUGCCUUCGGCUCCCCCCCCCCCCCCAAGAAGUGCUGAGCUAAGCGGAAGGGAGGAAGAAGUGCGAAGCUCAGCAGUUCCUGUUUGCACGGCGGCCGCAGCCGGGCGAUCGAAGGGGAGGGGGCCGGGGGCGGAGCUUCUGCUCUUGGCUCGGCUCUUCUCUCCACGUGACCCACCGCCGUUCACAUGACCGCCUAGGCUCAACGAGGAGGCGGGUCAGGAGUAAACUGGAGAAGUCGGGGCUGUAGCGGAACGGUAAGUGGGAGGAAAUAUGCCCGGCGUUCGGUGUGGGCAGCGAUCCAGGAUGCGGAUCCGGGGUGUUGCCUGUUCCUGCAUGUGUGGACGCGCUGAAUGACGUGUCGAGGCGUGUUCCGCACCGGAAGAUCGGUACCUGUUGCAGGACCUGGGUCUCUUGCCGGACGCGGCUGCCUUGCGUGGCUGGUACAGAGGGGUCCUUUUGCGUGUGUUUGUCUGUCUGUCUGUCUCCCUCCUCGUCGUCUCUUCUCCAUCUAGUGCUCUAAAAUAAAGUUCCCUUUCCCGCGGUUUGGUCUCUGAUCUCUGAGCCCAUGGCAUGCAGGUAGGAGUUAAAGGUUACUUCCCUCCUGCAGUGGCUUCCGCUAUGCCUCCUAGCAACAUUCCUUUUAAACUGCUCAUCCGCCUCGCGAUCGGGGGGGGGGGGGGUGAAGAGAGAAAGGGGAAAGAGGGCUUUCUAAGUUUGACACGCUUACACGUAACCUGGGUUGAUGGCUAUGAAUCAGGAACUAAGACUUGGCCGUGUUUCUGAUCAAUCGAUAUAAUGUGGGGGACAGAUAUGCACUCUUCCCUAGGUGUUGUUAGCUGCUUUUGUGUUAGUGGAUCUAAAAGUGCCCGUGCAACCUGUUGCUUACUGCCUUCUGCUCAGUGCACUAGAGGGUAUAUGAAUGUGUGUGUGUUAUAUAAACACACAACAUCAGGUGGGAAUUGUACUGGGAAAAUAUCCAGGUCCGGGUCUUUGCUCAUGGUGCCUACUGUUCACGCUGGGUAUGUUCUAUCUCCACGGUUGGAGGCCUAUGCCUCUGAAUACCAGUUGCUGAGAAUCACAAGUAGGGAGGGUGCUUUUGUACUUGGGUUUGGCUUUCAGGCUUCCCACUGGCAUCCAGUUAGCCACUGUGAAAACAGGAUGGCCUGAUUUAGCAGGCUCUUUAUAAAAGUUUGGAACACCUUUGUUUCACUUGCCCUUCUCAUUGGGUUAUUUGGAGAUCCUUUCAUCAUCUAGCAAACCACUUUUCCCUUUCAGAUCACCCCUCUGGUGCUAUUUAUUAUGUUUUUAUAUAUGCUGGAUGCCGCCCAGAGUGAGUGGGGCAACCCAGUCAAAUGGGCGAGGUACAAACAAAUAAUAAUUGCUAUUGUUAUUGUUGUUUCAAAACUACUUCUUCUGCAAAGCUUUUCUUGGACCAUCACAGUCUAUGCCCGAUGGGAUUUUUUUUACCAGUGAAUUUUGCAUGAACAUUGUUUCUUUCAUGCCCUCUUCUGCCUCCACUUCUCUUCUGUUGAUCUAAUCUACUCAACACUCGACAUAGUACACAAAUGAAUCUGAAAAGAGCAAACCCUGUGCGCUGGCUUACAACCCACCCAACUUGUGCCAAAUGUGUAUGUUACAGUAGCAGGGGAGAAACACAGGAGGAGGAGAGGCAGAAAUCGGAGCUAAAAGAUGAGUGUAGAUGUUGUAGAAACACUUGGCAACAAGGAAGAAGUGCAGGUGUCUGAGGCAUCACAGGACUAGAGUCUAGACUUCAGAGGAAAAGGGGAGGAAGUGAGUGGAGUGAGGCAUGAAAUGGAAUAACCCAAGGCUUUGAUGAAAGAAGAGCUUCAGCUGAGUAGAUUCAUCCACUGCUGCUCUUGCAGUACAUGCUAUGCUGUCAUGUGUACUUUUUAAAAAAAAUAAUAUUUAUUGAAUUUUAAAGAGUUACAAAAAGAAAAAAUUAAAAAACAGCAUAUUUAAGAAAUAUAAAACAUCACAUCACAAUAAUAAAAAAGAAACAAGAAAAGAAAGAAAAAAAAGAAAAAAUACAAUGAAUCUUCCCAUAACUUAUCUUUCAUUUGCUUAUUUCCUUGACCUCCUCACACCUCCUUUUUUUGUAUUCUAGUUCAAUUAGCUAUUUCAGCAAAUCCUUUCCAUCUUUCCCAGUUUUUGUCCUCUAUUUUAUUUUAAUAUAAUGUAACUUUACUUUCCCUCCUUCACCAUUUAGCAAUCUAUUUUUUCUUAAUGCUUUAUAGCAUUUCUGCUAAAACCGCAUUAUUUCAUUCCAACAUCCUUCUAACAUUCCUUAAUUUUACAAUGUUUCUGUAAAUAAACUUUAAAUUUCUUCCAAUCUUCUUCCACCAACUCUUCUCCCUGGUCUCGGAUUCUGCCAGUCAUUUCCGCCAGUUCCAUGUAGUCCAUCACCUUCAUCUGCCAUUCUUCCCGGGUGGGUAGAUCUUGUGUCUUCCAAUACUUCGCGAUGAGUAUUCUUGCUGCUGUUGUGGCAUGCAUAAAAAAAGUUCUAUCCUUUUUUGGCACCAAUUGGCCGACCAUGCCCAGGAGAAAGGCUUCUGGUUUCUUCAGAAAGGUAUAUUUAAAUACCUUUUUCAUUUCAUUAUAAAUCAUCUCCCAGAAUGUCUUAAUCCUUGGGCACGUCCACCAAAGGUGAAAAAAUGUGCCUUCAGUCUCUUUACAUUUCCAACAUUUAUUAUCGGGCAAAUGAUAUAUUUUUGCAAGCUUGACUGGUGUCAUGUACCACCUGUAAAUCAUUUUCAUUAUAUUCUCUCUUAAGGUGUUACAUGCCGUAAACUUCAUACCUGUGGUCCAUAACUGUUCCCAGUCAGCCAUCAUAAUAUUAUGUCCUACAUCUUGGGCCCAUUUAAUCAUAGUUGAUUUCACCGUUUCAUCCUGAGUAUUCCAUUUCAACAGCAAGUUAUACAUUCUUGACAAGUUCUUUGUUUUGGGAUCUAACAGUUCUGUUUCCAAUUUUGAUUUUUCCACCUGGAAGCCAAUUUUUUUAUCCAAAUUGUACGCCUCCAUUAUUUGGUAAUAAUGGAGCCAAUCUCGCACUCUAUUUUUUAGUUUUUCAAAACUCUGCAAUUUUAAUCUGUCUUAUGCUGUCAUGUGUACUGGCAAUGGCAGCUCUGCAGGAUCUGGACCAGAGGUUUGUCCAUCCCUGUUACUUGAGUGCCGUUACUGGAGAUGCUGGGGUUGAACCAGGGACCUUUUGCAUAUAUUUCCUCAGCCAGUGAGCUACAGCCCCUCACAGUGUACUGUUGUUGACCUGCAGGAGAGAAACCACUUUUGUGUCUGAUCCUUCAGGAUCACUGUUCCAAGCUGAUCUCGUUUGCCCUCCUUAGACUCUGUAUAAGCUGCAUUUUCUUUCCUAAAAAUACCCUUAUUACUGUUUUUACCUGGGAGCAGUUUUAGGCUAGCAGGCCAAAUGCAUCCAAGCAGAAUAAGUGCUGUUGGCUUUAGGAGGGAAUGGUAGGUGGUGAUGCUCCUGAUAGCUUGCCACCUACUAGCAAUCAGUUAAUCAAACCUUUCUUUCAAAUUUGCAGGUUAGCAUGAAACUCAUCAUUCUAGAGAACUAUGCUCAAGCCAGUGAAUGGGCAGCAAAGUACAUUAGGAAUCGGAUCAUCCAGUUUAGUCCUGGUCCAAGCAAAUAUUUCACCCUUGGACUUCCCACUGGUAAGUGACAAGCCUGGCUUUGUGAUGGAAGGGCUCUUACCUCAGUUUUCCACCCCUAAUUUACUUUGCUAUUAGUCAGCUGGAGGACUCAGCCUAUAUAAUAGACAUUCUUCUUUAUAUAGGGUAUUUGCCAUUCUUUAUGAGAAGUGACUAUUCUGAGGGCAUCUCUAUUUUGGGAAACUACUUUUAAAUCAAGAUCCAUGGAAACUUCUUUUUUAAACACUUUUCAGUUGUGCGACUGCUCCACUACCCUCACAUGCUACACAUAUUAUUCCCAGUUUUACAUACCCCCAAAUCAGCCUCAAAAUCCUAUGGGCUAUGUAGAACUGGAAGAUGGGGUGCAAUGAUGGUGGGGGAUAGCAUCUUCCUUGGAAUGUACAGACUAUGGACUCUGUUAGAUCAUGUGAUGAGGAUUCUGUCACUUAAUUGGCUUAUUUGUGUUGCGUCAUACACCGUCCCCAAAUUCCUGAUUCGUGUACUACCCCACUGUAUAUGCACAGAUUGAAAUCAUUUUCUCUUCCAGUACUAUUGACAGAAAACACUUUCAAGAAAAUGUGUUUUGGAGCUGGGGUGCCAAUAUGGUCUUGGAGACCUUGAUGGAAGUACUGAUUAGAAUGAAUCAGGUGGAGCUAGAACUGAGCAGCCUCACAGGCAUCUGAGCUGCUGUUCUGUAGUAGCACACACAGUGAUUUCUAGUCAAAUGCAUGCUGCUUACCAUUUCUGUGGUCCAGAUUUAGAUCUCCCUGACUGUGCAAGGGUGUUUUUGGUUUUUUUUAAUCUCCAGGAAGUACUCCGUUAGGAUGCUACAAAAAACUGAUAGAAUAUUGCAAGAAUGGAGAUCUUUCUUUCAAGUAUGUGAAAACUUUCAAUAUGGAUGAGUAUGUGGGUGAGUCACUUUUUUGUUGAGAACUGCAGGGGGGAGAAAUAAUUGCUAUUCUUUGCCCACAGCAUUUAUUUACUGUGAUCAACUCAAUAAGGGUUUAUUUCUAUACAGUACUGCAGUGAUUCAGGAACCGAGCUUAUGAACCAGGAAAUGGCUGGUUCGCAUCUCGCCACUUAGCAGCAAGUCACUCUCUCCCAGCCUUUUCCCCCUAUCUGCAAUAUGAGGACAAUAAUAACAGCCCACCUUGCAAGGAUGGUUGUGAGGAUUACUGAGAUAAUGUAUGAAUGCUGAAAACCUAAGAACUGUCUUUCAGAAAUGAAGAGUGGACUAUCAAAUAGCAUACUCUAGUAGCAAAGAAUGAAGCACAGCAAAACAGGGGAGGGCAGACUUUGGGCUUGCAGGAUCUGUUUUGUUGUUGUUGUUUUACUAAAACCUCAAGAUCCACCAAUCUGAGCUACUGUAGGUGUAAAAGACAUACAGUGGUACCUCUGGUUACGAACGCUUCAGGUUAUGAGCUCCGCUAACCCAGAAGUAGCUGUUCCUGGUUGCAAACUUUGCCCCAGGAAGCGAACGGAAAUCCCGCACCAGAGGCACACGUGCAGUGAGAGGCCCUAUUAGCGAAAGCAUGCCUCAGGAUAAGAACAGUUUCAGCUUAAGAACUGACCUCCGGAACAAAUUGUUCGUAACCAGAGGUACCACUGUAAAGUUCCAUACAUACAUGUCCAAUUAAAGAUCCAGGUGCCUCUGAGUAGCUACUGAGCAAAGGGCUUUGUUUCUAGUACCAGGGCUCAUGGUCCUUUCAUUCAAAAAUCCAUUCCUGCUUAUCUCCAAACAUGGUUAGUUCAGCAUUCUGUUUUUUUGUGGGCAGGGGUCUGUUUGUUUCACAUUGCUGUUGCUUUCAGUCAAGCUGACAAAGCACCCAAAAUAUAUAUAAAAGGAAUAUUCAUUAAAUUGCUUCUCCAUGUUUUUAAACUUAGCCUUUGGGGGAGGAAGCAAGAAUUUAGUGUGUGUAAUGUAGACGAACACUUUCCCACAAUCCCUGCUUGCUGUGAAUUAGAAAACAAGCUCCAAAGAUUUGUUCUGUUCUGUUUGGCCACACUUUUUUAUCAUGGGUCCAUAGAGAGUGAACUUUAGACUGCUGUGUAACGGGCGAGGAGGAGCGUGGGUCGUCAAGUAGUGACAUAAUAUCUGUGGAGUGUGAAACUCACCUGGAGAGAAACUCAUCUGCAAAACCAACAAUAAAAUAUUCAACUUUCCCCCCUGCUGGAUACUACAGGAGAACAUUGGGCUGUUGCCGCUGUAUUCAUUUCACAGAAAUGCAGGAAUAUAUAGCCCUGAGCUAACCUUGUGUUCUUGUCAGGUCUUCCAAGGGAUCACCCAGAAAGCUACCACUCCUUCAUGUGGAACAACUUCUUCAAGCACAUUGACAUCUCCUCUGAAAACACACACAUUCUGGAUGGAAAUGCAGCUAACCUAGAAGCAGAGUGUGAGGCUUUUGAAAGAAAAAUCAAAGAGGCUGGAGGAAUCGAACUCUUUGUUGGAGGUGAACAUUGAGAGGGGGCAAGGUCUGAACAUGCGUGGCCAUCCCUCAGUGACUUGCAGGUGGUGAAAUGACCUUCGUAGAUCAGCAAAUUGCCACAACGGCUUUUUGUGUCUACCUCAGAGCAUGUGCUUUGUAGCGAAAGCAGUUCAUUUUAUGCUGCAAACCAGAGUGAUGAACCAUCAAGGGAUAAGAUACCAAGUGGUGUACACACAUGUACGGAAGAGGCAGAUAGUGUCAGUUAACUGAAGACUGCUGUAGCAAUCUAGUUUCAUUAUUUCUGCUUACCCUGUAGAUAAAGCCAUUCCUUUUUUUUAGUGACUUUGUCAGGUCCUGGGAUAUUGGAGAAGAUGCUUUUCCUAAAUGUUUAUCAGGGGCAAGUAAAUUUUCACAGGAUGGUUUAUGAGCUAAAGCCGACUUGCAACUUCCAUGUUAAGUUUUCUUGAGCCCAAUAAGCACCUAAUCCUGAAUCACUUUCUUGUAUUCUUGAUGUUUCCUUUCUUUUCGCUAGAUUCUAAACGUGAACUGUCUCCAUUACAGGUAUUGGCCCAGAUGGUCAUAUUGCCUUCAAUGAGCCAGGCUCAAGCCUGGUGUCUAGAACCAGAGUCAAGACCUUAGCUAUGGACACGAUAUUGGCUAAUGCCAGAUUCUUUGAUGGAGACCUCUCCAAAGUGCCCACAAUGGCACUUACAGUUGGAGUGGGUACAGUCAUGGAUGCCAGAGAGGUUAGCACAACAGUACCUUAAUUUCAGGGAUAGGGAACCUGUGGCCUCCGGAAGUUGCUGGACUACCAGUUUCUAUCAUCCAUAUUAGCAAUACUGACGGGGGCUGAUGGUAGUUGGAAUCUUAGAGUGGAAAUCAACGUCACACUGACUAUGAUGAAUAUUCCAAUGUUGAUAGCUCUAGUUGCUACUUUGCUGUCUCUGCCCCUUUUUGGCAGACACUCUCAAAUAUUGGUAGUAUCCUCUAACUUUUGUGCCUUACUUUAUUUGUAAAAUGUUGGUUUUCUAAAUCACGUCCCUCUCUUAUCUCCUUCUCCACCCUAAAAUCUGUACAUAUUAGAGAGUAGCAAGGAACAUUUUUCUUAUCUCGGAAGGUGACAAAAGCCCUAAGCCUAACCGUGUUCCCUGUUGUGUCUUACAAUUCAGGUUAUGAUUCUAAUCACAGGAGCCCAUAAGGCAUUUGCUUUGUACAAGGCUAUUGAGGAAGGAGUAAAUCACAUGUGGACAGUAUCUGCCUUUCAGCAACAUCCCCGCACUGUCUUUGUAUGCGAUGAAGAUGCCACGCUGGAACUUAAAGUAAAAACUGUGAAGUACUUUCAAGGUAAGAAGCUUGGUAAUGAGGACGAGAGACGGUCACCUUGUGUGUAAACAGCCGUUAAAACACGGAAGUGAAAUAUGGUAACUCAAAAGGACUUUACAAGAACUCCCCCUGGGUUGCUAAGUACUGCUCACUGCUCACCUGUUUUAUCUUUUGGGAGCCUUAAAUACAAGGAGAAUCUUCUGAGACCAUAACAUGCAAUGCAGGUUUGGGUACAAUCUCCAAUUUGCAAAGCUAUUACCUCACUGGGGAGUCACUAAUUAUUUUCCCUUUACUUGCUGCUACUCUUUUUUAGAAAUGUUGAGGAGUGCAGCUUAUAGUUUUUAAAGCUCUAAGUGGUGUACAGUAUACUACUCUGAACUGAAAACAUUUCAACUGGUAACCACACCAAGCUAUUUUAGUAGUGACUGUAAGUUUAGGCAGAAUGUGAAAUAUUUCCUUUGAAGCUACUGCCAGUUUUAUUGAGGGACUCCUCUAAUAUCUGCAUUAGAACUAAGUGUCUGCUGUUUUGUAUCAAUUAAUUCAGGUUUGAUGCUUGUUCACAAUAAACUUGUGGAUCCACUAUACAGUAUGAAAGAAAUGGGAGGAGAAAAAAGGCAGUCCAAGAAGCCAUAUAGUGACUAG